GAAAGCCAAGUGAGGAGACGGUGAGUGAAGGAGCAGCUUUUAUACAAAUUGUAUCCCAUAAUAUCCACACCAAUCUUCAGGCAGUCUGACUAUCCUGUGGGUAAUCAGGGGUGGAAAUGUCCCUAAUGCCCGAUGAGAAGAUCCAGCUGAGAGAGCUGUUUACUCAGAGAUAAUGGGAACUGCAGAUGCUGGAGAAUUCCAAGAUAAUAAAAUGUGAGGCUGGAUGAACACAGCAGGCCAAGCAGCAUCUCAGGAGCAGUUUAAUCAUUGCUUUGUGCUGAACUGUUAGACUGGAGCUGCGUGUUGGAUAUUGAGUGUGUUAACUGGAAGCAUUUCCCACCUGAUUUCCAGCCUGAGUUUUUUUUUGUUAUCUCAUUCCUGAUUUUGAGAAUGUGAGGUCUCAUCUUGGAGGCGCAGAAUGCCUAAUGAUUCUUCCUGAUUUCCUAAUGUGUGUGUGUUGGGAGCUGGUUAUUAUCUCUGUGCGUUGUUAUUUGGAUGAUGCUUGACUUUUCAAAUCCCAACAAGACCUUCCAGCGACUGAUUUCUGUCAUCUGCUUAGAGAAGCAAAGAAGACUUGCAUUUACAGAGAACCUUUCACCAGAUGGGAUCUUGAACAGAUAGACCAAUGAAUGGCAGAUGGAGUUUAAUCUGGAUAUUUUGCAUUUUCAUCGGAAGGAUUUCAUGGUACUACACCAGAGAAUACAGAGAGGAUUGACACCACAGAUAGAUCCUGACCAUUCCCCAAGGAACAACUGCACAAAUGGGGGAAGAUAUCCAGUACCCUCACAGCAUUGCUCAACAAAGAAGGCUGGGCAGUGAAACCGUCAUCUGGAAACCAGGGGACCUUUGAGAUAUCAUCAGAUCUGAAACUGGUCAGUGGUGUGGAGCCUUCCAUCAGAACCAGCCUUUCUGAAGGUUCGGCUGUGGGUGAUUGGUCAGGGUGAGGCUGGGAAGAAGUGUGAGCGGCUCCAAGUGUGGUGACAGUUUCAAUCAUUUGUCGAGCCUCAUGAACCACUGACGCAUCUCUAAAGUUGAGAGGCUUUUUGAGUGUGAAGUGUGUGAGGAGGGCUCCACAGGUGCAUCUGUUAUACACUAACGACAGAACAACAGCUUCAUGGAAGAUAAACCGUUCAAGUGUGAGAUGUGCAAUCGAGCUUUUGCAAAGUCAUCAACCCUCGUGAAUCACCGACGCAUUCACACUGGGGAGAGGCCAUUUAAGUGUGACAUAUGUGACAAGGCAUUUGCGCAGGUAUCGGGCCUGGUGAAUCACCGACGUAUCCACACUGGGGAAAAACCUUUCACAUGCAAAGUGUGCAACAAGUCUUUCUCAGAGUCAUCGACCCUCCGGAUACACCUUCGCAUUCACACAGGGGAGAAACCAUUCACGUGUGGGGUGUGUGACAAAUCAUUCUCGUCAUCAUCAGAUCUCUGUAAACACCAACGUACUCACACAGGAGAAAGACCGUUCAUGUGUGAGGUGUGUGACAAAUCAUUCUCAUACUCAUCACAUCUGCACACGCACCGACGUAUCCACACUGGGGAGAAACUGUUCAAGUGUGAAGUGUGUGACAAGUCAUUCUCCGAUUCGUCAAGUCUCUUGCUCCAUCAGAGGAUUCACACAGGUGAGAAACCAUUCACAUGCAAGUUGUGCAACAAAUCAUUCUCGCAGUCAUCGACCCUUCGCAUACAUCACCGUAUUCAUACAGGGGAGAAACCAUUUAUAUGUGAGGUGUGUGACAAAUCAUUCUCACUAUCAUCGAAUCUCAACACACACAAACGCAUUCACACUGGGGAGAAACCAUUCAGGUGUGAGACGUGUGACAAAUCGUUCACACAGUCAUCGACCCUCAGCAUGCACAGACUCAUUCACACUGGGGAGAAAGCAUUCACUUGUGAGGUGUGUGACAAAUCAUUCUCAAAUUCAUCAAGACUCCUGCUCCAUCAGAGGAUUCACACUGGGGAGAAACCAUUCACAUGUGAGGUGUGUGAUAAAUCAUUCUCCGUGUCAUCAACACUUCGCAGACACGAACGCAUCCAUACAGGGGAAAAACCAUUCACAUGUGGAUUCUGUGACAAAUCAUUCUCAGAUUUGUCACACCUUCACAGACACCACCAUAUCCACACUGGAGAGAAACUGUUUAAGUGUGAAACUUGUGAGAAAUCAUUCAGUGACUCAUCAAGUCUCCUGCUCCAUCAGAGGAUUCACACAGGGGAGAAACCAUUCACAUGUGAGGUGUGUGACAAAUCAUUCUCAGUGUUAAAUUCCCUCCAUAAGCACCAACGCAUUCAUUCAGGGGAGAAACCAUUCACAUGUGAAGUGUGCGACAAAUCAUUCUCUGAGUCAUCAAACCUUCGCAGACACCAACGCAUUCAUACAGGGCAGAAACUCAAUGGGGAGAAGCCAUUCACGUGUAAGGUUUGCAACAAAUCAUUUGCACACGCUUCAACCCUUCGCAAUCACCAACGUACUCACACAGGGGAGAAACCAUUCACAUGUGAGGCUUGUGACAAAUCUUUUUCCCGGUCAUCGAUACUCCGCAAUCACCAACGUGUUCACACUGGGGAGAAACCAUUCACAUGUAAAGUUUGUGAUAAAUCGUUUUCCUGGUUAUGUAACCUCCAUGAUCACCAACGCAUUCACACAGGGGAGAAACCGUUCAUGUGCAAAGUAUGCAACAAAUCAUUCUCGUACCGAAUGAACCUUCGUGUGCACCAACGCAUUCACACGGGGAAGAAGCCAUUCCCAUGUGAGAUGUGUGACAAAACCUUUACACAGUUAACAAGUCUCCUACAACAUUAGGCGGUUCAUACAGGGGAGAAACCCUUCAAGUGUGAUGUUUGCAGUAAAGCUUUUACAACAUCUACUCAGCUUCUGAUGCACCAGAGCAUCCACACAGGAGGAAAACCCUUCAGGUGUGAGGUUUGUGAGAGGUCUUUCACUCAGUCCUCUGAACUGCUGAUGCACCAGAGAAUUCACUGAGGUGAGAAGCCCUUCAAAUGUGAGAAAUGCGACAAAUGCUUCUUGCGGUCAUCAAAUCUCCGCACACAUCAACAUAGUCACACAGGGGAGAAAGCAUUCACCUGUCCAGCAUGUAACAAAUCAUUCUCACGGUUAUCAAACCUCCAUGCACACCAACGCAGUCACACAGGGGAGAAACCAUUCAUAUGUGAGAUGUGUGACAAAUCAUUCUCGUUUUUAAUGAACCUCCGGGUUCACCAACGCAUUCAUACAGGUGAGAAGCCAUUCAUGUGUGAUGUUUGUGACAAAGCGUUCUCACAGUUAUCGAGCCUCCUAAGGCACCAGAGGGUUCAUACAGGGGAGAAACCUUUCAAGUGUGAUGUUUGUGAGAAAGCUUUCACCCAAUCCGCUGAUCUCCUGAGGCAUCAGUGGAUUCACACAUAA